UUCUGUUUUGUUUGAUCUUGGAAUCAAAGCUUGUCAGCUUUGCAUCUUCGCCUCGAUCCAUUCUCAGCCAUCUGCCUUUCAAGCACCAUGAGUACCAUGCCUCGCCCAACAAAGCGACCGGUUGUGGUGGACCUUAUCUCAGACGAGGAAACCGAACAGCCUCCGAUCAAACGCCGUGUAAAAGCAACCAGUCAUGCUGGUAUGCUUACAGUCAGAACCGGAAAGCUUUCAGAAACUCCCAAAAUCGAAGAGGAGCAGAUGUUCGAUGAGCUGAUCAGCAUCCCUGAUGAAGAUGAACGUAGCGAUGAUCAAAGUGACGGUCAAAGCAACGGUCAAAGCGAGGACCACAGCGAGGACCAAAGCGAUGGUCAUCGCGAUGGUCACAGCGAUGGUUACAUUGAUGGCCCGAAUAAGCAAGUUACAAACACCGACGAGAUGGCAGAGCAAUAUGACGAUCAAGAUAGCACCGCCGAUAGCGACAAUGAGAGCAGCAGCGGGGACAGCAAUGAAGAAAGCAAUGAUCAUUUGGGCGGCGCUCGAAUCAACGGCGUCGAUGAUUUCAUAGAGAAUGAAAACAUAGGCGCUCCUCACCACAGCUGGGCUAGGAGUCCCAUCUCCGACAGCAAUGAAAGUACCACAUUUGACAGUAAUGAGAGACUCGGCGAUAGAAGUCCCCGUUCCUCCAGUGACAAUUCCCAUGAGGCCGAGGACAUCGCCGGAAUCGGCGGGAUCUCUGCCGAAGCACCCUUCCUGGCCGACGGCGACAACGAUGGACGUGAAGGCACUUAUGUCGAUGCUCUCGGCGCCGAAAGUGAUCUCGUUGACGAUGUGAACACUACUUUCUAUGGCGAAAUCAGUGACGAAGGACAUCCCAGCGACGAUGACGACGAAGGCGACGACGACGACAGCAGUGAUGGGAAGAAUCCCACUGAUCAUGGUCAAUACAGUAACGACGACGACAUGAACAUCGGAGAUGACCACACUGAUGACGAUGAUCACGAGAGCGAAAGUAUUAACACCACGGCCAGCGUGCUCACCAGCAACCCUUCUCCGCGAGCUGAGAGUGUGGAAUCAGAGGACACUUGGCAUGGCUGCUCGCAGACUCCUACGCAAAGCCCUCGCCAGAUCCUACGCUCAGCUUCUCCUCGCACUCUACCACCAAGCCCAGCUCAAAGUGCUCACGAGAGCCUGCCCGGAAGUCCUGCUUCGGACGCCAGCUCAGAGACUUUCUUCGAUUGCAAUGAGAUCCCACCAGCAAGUCGGGGCUCUUCUUCAGCGACUUUUGGUCCAGUGCUAUCCAACGAUUUCCCAUUCUCGGCCGUCAACCGAUGCAAUACCUUCAAGCAGUCACAAGGUCGAAGUCCGCGCGGGAAUGUAGCUGCAGUCCAAUGGAGCGAGAGCAGUGAGAAUCACGAGACCCCUGACACAAUACUUGGCGCACUCACCGAUGAGUCGACUUUACCAGAUAUGAACAGAGAUGCUGAACCAGAGGUCCAUGACGAUCGACGCAGCAAAGGGAGAAGUCUCAGGGCUUCUGGGUAUUCGUCUCCGCCUCCAUCUUCAGACACAGGUGCGGAUACAAGGGUCGAAGUAUACACUUCCAAUGCUGCGUCAGAAACGGGAUACGACACCACUCCUGCGAUGGCGACACUUUCACCCUCUCCAAAACCACGCCGAGCUGUCGAUGCGACGGAUCCUACAAGAACUGCCAUCGUCGUCGACGAUGCGCCCAGAGAACUCGACGUCACAACGACUAAACCGCUUCAGAAUAUGUCACCAGCAUUUCGCAAGCAUCACCGCUUACAUUCCCGCCUUGUGUCAUUCAUACCUCAAAUCCCGUGGGUCUAUCGAGCUGGCUUUGAAUGGCCGGCGCGACGAUACUGGAUCGCAGUGAUUCCGGCCGUCAAAGUAGUGACGCAAAAGCUUAUGCCAACGCCGAGUGGAGACAUGGUGCCAAGGAGAGCAAUCACCUUCACAAUCAAAGAUGUAAUCUGGAUGAAAGGAAACAAGUAUACGACUAUGCGGACAAUCAUGCAAGCCUAUUACUCGCGGACACUACUUGGAGAUGGUCUGGAGAUGUCACUAGCACAAAGUCAAAAUCAGAAGGAAGAAUUCUUUUUAUUGGGAGGGACGGAGAAAGUGAGGGAUCUUGAUACAAGUUGUCAGGCGAUGGAUCUCAUGGGAGACAAAGUCGUGGUGUUUGUGGCUGGCAAUAACAAGCAGGCACGAGGUUUCAAGGAGGUGGAGCUCUUGGAUGGCUUGAUUCCGGCAGAGCUACAGGUGAUUGACCUGACUUGAUACAAUUCUAGGAUACUGUACUCGGUUUCGAUAUUUGACUUGCGAUGCAGCAGAUUACGUACGACAACAAUAACAUUCAGUACGGGAGAUGUCGCACAACAGAUCCUUGGCGCUUGGUGGACAUCUGGUUGUUAUCUGUGCAGGCC